GUUUUAAGGGCAAUCUGUAGUUUCUCUAAACUUCGGAGAGGUCUAUGUUAUUAACCAAAAAUCCAACUGUCUGAAUUUUGAAGAAUCUGAAGCUCAACUCUGCAAUUGAACUAGAAAUAUCUGGCAUUUGCCAUUUUCCCCUUUGCUUCAGAAAAUCUGAAGCAGAAAUGUCAUCAACACUGUCCUUGUGUUUCAACCUCAACCCACCUCAGUCAUUCCCUAGCAGAAUUCAGCAUGACCCAUUUCUGAAUUUCCCUUCUCCUUCUUCUUCUUCUCUGGGUCAAGAUUCUGUAACCAAGUAUUCACAUGUUCGGUUUACAUUUUCGCCUCCGAAUUCAAACGGUGGCAACAACCCUUUAAGCUAUGGGCCUCAAGAAGAGGCCAGAUGGCUCCGGGAAGAACAACGGUGGCUCAGGGAGGAGCAGAGAUGGCUCCGUGAGGAGUCACGGUGGAAAGGUGAAAAGGAAGCCCUUUUGAUUGAAAUUCAGAGGCUAAGUUUGAGGAUACAAGAACUUGAAGCCCUGAAUUCCGCACAACAAGCUUCUGUCACUGAGGCUAUAGCUAAUAUAGCAAAGCUUUUGCAGGUUUUAAAGGAAGGGGAGCUGGGAAAAAAUAUUAACAUAAUUUCUGGGAACAGUUCAAGUGCUCUGCCAUUUGUGGUGGACAGUGUACAGAAAGAUGACGAAGUGAUAAUAAAAGAAGUUGUUAAACCUCCAGAGGCAGAGAACAAGGUAAAGAAGAGGGCACCACUGAGGAUGGGGUCGGAAGGAGAUGAUGUGCAAGCAAUGCAGCAAGCACUACAAAAACUGGGAUUCUAUUCUGGUGAGGAAGACAUGGAGUUUUCCAGCUUCUCGUCUGGGACUGAACGAGCUGUAAAAACGUGGCAAUCUUCACUUGGUGUUCUGGAAGAUGGGAUCAUGACUGCAGAUCUUCUUGAGAGGCUAUUCGCAGAUCACGAACUUGGCGAACAUAGUUUGACGGAAAGAAAAAGUCCUGAAGAAUCUGAUAUUAAAAUCCCAGAGAAGAAGGGUGCAAAUGGAGCCGCUACAGCUUCCAUAACCGAAAUAUCAGAAGUUGAGAAAACUGUUGUCAGAAAAGGAAGCGAGACAGAAGUUGACGUGACUAAACAUCGAGUUUUUCUUCUUGGAGAAAACCGGUGGGAAGAACCUUCAAGGCUUACUGCAGGUAGAAACAAACCACCUGAAACCAAGAGUGGCAAAACUACGAUAAAAUGUCUUACUUGUCGUGGAGAAGGCCGCUUGUUGUGCAUGGGUAAAAAAUUUCUUUCCCCUAUUCCCUGUUGAACAUUGUAACUCUGCUUUUCUCCUCGGGAUCUUUCUCAGAAAGACUCAUCUGUUACACAUCACUCUUUCGUGAACUAUAAAUACUUUUGGCCAAUUGAAGUAUUUAAUCAGUUUUAACAUAGAAGAUAAAUGCCAUUAUAAUCUUUAGUCAUACAUGUAGAUUAGUGCUAUCUGAGACGAAACAGUGUGUGAACUUUUCAUCAAUCCACCAUGACCCUGUACAAAUUGUAAUUGUAUUACUAUUCCCUUUUUCUUUGGCGCAAUUUUAUACACAUCUUUUCAUGUUUGAGUAAACUUCUAACAUUUUCAUGAAAAAUGAAAACUUAAACUCCAUCCUUUUAGGUGAAAUAAUGGUUUUUCUAGUUCUAUUGUACAACACACGAGAUACACAAAACUAAUGUAAACUUCCCCGUUUCUGUGCAGAAUGUGAUGGAAGUGGUGAGCCAAACAUUGAGCCACAGGUUAGUCAUUAGUGUGAAUUAUUGACUGUAAUAAACUUGGAUUUACUUAUUUGUCCAACAUGCUAAUCACUGCUACUACUUUUUGCCUGUCAUUUUAAAAUCUUCUUUUGUGAUUGCAGUUUAUGGAAUGGGUUGAUGAGGGAACCAAGUGUCCAUAUUGUGAGGGUCAAGGGCACAUAACUUGUGAUGUAUGUGAAGGUAGAAAGGUCAUAGAAGCAUAAUCACUUUAUGCGUAUACAAGUAACCUGUUCAUAGAUCAUUGGGUAGAAAAUUAACUUGUAUACGGAAUUACGGAUAAAUGUAUCAUGUAUGCAAGAGAAAACAUAACGUGUUAUUCAUGUAUCGAUCCGGAAAUAAAUAAUAUGAAUAACUUGUUUAUCAUUCAAAUAAAUGAGUGUAUGAUUUAUUCAGCUCAAUGAAUCAUGUAUCAAAAAGGGUUAUACAAUCAUAUGUUCAAUUCUCAACAUUUCAAAACAAAGGAAUACUAUAGAAACAGUAGAGUGUUAUAACCAAUCAUUUCAAUGUUGC